AUGAAGAUGGUGGAUCCCGAUUCCCCUGGCCCGGACAGGAAGACGCCCCUGCUAUAUGCCGCAGAACACGGGCAAGAGACCAUAGUCAAACUAGUUUGGCCACAAACCGAUCAGGGGACCCCGUUGUGGUGGGCGGCGUGCAAUGGAUAUGAGACAAUCAUCACAUCAUUGCUCACUCAGGGUGCGGACCCUAAAUCUCGAAGCUCAAGUGGUGAGACGCCCUUAUUUUGA